UAAAAUUUCCCCUUUCAGUCUUAUUUCUUCUUUAGAAGCUUUGAUCUGUUGCUGAUAAUCUUCUCUGGUUCUUGCGAGUUCUUGCUACAGCAAAUAUUACAGAUUUGUGGUUAAGAUGGCGAUGUUCAUUGUGUCAUCAGUCAUGGAGUAGAUGUUGAAUUUGUAGCAACUUAAUAUACUUUUUGCCACCAGGAUCUAGUGGCUAGUUUUCAGAACUCAAUCGGUCGAUGCAAUGAAGUUGUUACGAGUUGCUGGUGUAGUUUUCAUAUUUAUAGUCACCUUCCAGUUCGUGAACAUACAUUAUUUUGGUGGUGCUAUAUUCUCUUUACCUUCUGAAGAUAAGUUUCCGAUAUCAUCUAUUAAUGGGAGCACAGAACCCAUCAGGCCAUUAUCUGGUACUGAAAAAUUGAAUUUUAGUAGCUCGAGAUCCGUUGAGGUAGCUAAAGAGGAAAGAACCGGUUUAGAAGAAGACCAUAUUAUUGGCUCUGAUAAGAGUGAAAGUAUUGAAUCCCAUGAUAGUUUCAUAGAGGAUGCAGAAGAUAAGGAAACUCUUGAAUUGCUGCUACGAACAGGGAGCAGCUCAAACGGGAGUUACAGUGAUAUAGUCGAAGAUGCUGACAUUGUUAAUGAAAAUAGUAGGAAUGUAGAGAUUCUGGAGAGUAAAUCUGAUACUUCUGUCGAUAAUCUUUCCCCAGAGGUGAAAAGGUUGAUGAAUGUUUCAAAUUCUGGGGUGGUUCCUAUCACUGAGAUGAUGAAUUUAUUGCAUCAAAGCCGCACUUCUCAUGUCUCCCUGAAACUAAAGCGGUCUUCUGCAGUUGAUACAGAGCUGUUGUUUGCAAGAACCCAAAUUGAGAACCCACCGAUGGUGGAGAAUGACCCUUUACUGCAUGGUCCUCUGUAUUGGAAUCUGUCCAUGUUCAAAAGGAGCUAUGAGCUGAUGGAGAAAAAGCUCAAAGUAUAUGUAUACAGAGAAGGCAAAAGACCCGUAUUGCAUAAGCCAGUGCUGAAAGGAAUAUAUGCAUCUGAGGGAUGGUUUAUGAAACAGCUCAAGGCCAGCAAAACAUUUGUCACCAAGGACCCGAGUAAAGCUCACCUAUUUUAUCUUCCUUUCAGCUCCAAAAUGUUGGAAGAAACUCUGUAUGUCCCUGGUUCUCACAGCGACAGGAAUCUCAUUGAGUUUUUGAAGAACUACUUGGACAUGAUUUCCUCGAAAUAUCCUUUCUGGAACAGAACUGGAGGAUCAGAUCAUUUUCUGGUCGCUUGUCAUGACUGGGCUCCUUCCGAGACAAGGCAGUACAUGGCUAACUGCAUAAGAGCAUUAUGCAAUUCUGAUGUUUCAGAAGGUUUUGUGUUUGGUAAAGACGUAGCUCUUCCCGAGACAACUAUUCUUGUUCCCAGGAGACCGCUUAGGGCACUAGGAGGUAAACCCUCUUCACAAAGGCAGAUACUUGCCUUCUUUGCAGGAGGAAUGCACGGUUACCUUAGACCUCGCUUAUUACAAAACUGGGGAGGUAACAGAGAUCCAGAUAUGAAGAUAUUCAGCGAGAUACCAAAAUCCAAAGGCAAAAAGAGUUACAUGGAGUACAUGAAGAGUAGCAAGUAUUGCAUUUGCCCAAAAGGGCAUGAAGUCAAUAGCCCUCGGGUCGUGGAGGCACUGUUCUACGAGUGUGUCCCGGUUAUCAUAUCCGAUAACUUUGUGCCUCCCUUCUUCGAAGUCCUGAAUUGGGAGUCUUUUGCGGUAUUUGUGUUGGAGAGAGAUGUUCCUGAUUUGAAGAACAUAUUAGUGUCAAUAACUGAAGAUAGGUACAGAGAGAUGCAGAUGAGAGUCAAGAUGGUGCAGAAGCAUUUCCUUUGGCACUCUAGACCCGAGAGAUUUGACAUAUUUUAUAUGAUACUUCAUUCCAUUUGGUACAACAGAGUUUUUCAAACUUGA